CUGCAGAUGUUACCCGCGUGGAAGCGGGCAUGAUCAUCGGCAGAAUCUCCGAGAUGAUAGGAAUGAAUGAAGCCAUUUUUUGGCCAAUAACCCGCGAUUGAGUUGCUAGCCAAACUGCUGGAUAUCCGAUAUCGCCACGAGUAAUUCGACUAGCAAAAUUCCAAGACAAUAGAAUGCUGCAGGGUGCACCACGCGUGCGCCACCCCCAGACUUCAAAGAUAACAAAGUUGGCCAAUUGGGGUUCUGCAACGUUUGGGAAAUGUCAGCUUGUGGGGUAACUUAGUCCGCAGAACUGACGGCGGAGGUUUGUCCGCCUCACCCUUCUAGCUUCCAGAACGCUUAUGCUAGGGCGAAACCAUGCUUGUAGUAUCCCAUAUCCCGCUUAUCCUCUGAAUUGCCAUUUUAGCCUGUGCUUGUAAUCCAGGGAGCACACGAACCAGUCGCUCAGUUUCUUUGCCCUCAACUGCCGAAGGAGCGCGGUCUCGUAAAGCAAAAAUGACGUGCCAAGUUGGUGUGGUUACAAUCUCGCGGUCUGGGGAACUUCUAGCUCGUAGGCCACAUAAACUCUGGGCGUACGGUCCCCUUGGUGCUGUUGAGGCGCUGAGGGGGCGAAUGACGUCGUGCUUCCAAAGACCACAAGGCCAUCAGCGCCGCUGCGUUGAGCUUGUUCGGCCACACGUUUGUGGCCGAAACGGCCUACCCGAGGCUGUACGAAAUCCAGGUCUCCGGUGGCAAGCUGCGAGUGACAAAAAAAUACCAAGCCAACAAGGGAGGGACAAGGGACUUUUUGUCCCCGUAAACGAGGCUCUCAGUCUCGUUGAAAUACCGUCAAAAGAAAAAGUGCCUGGAUCGCCAUUUUGCACUACCUGUGUCUGCUAGUGGGCGACAAAAUGCAGCCCCUACAUUUCGUCCUCCACUGCACUGUCACAUUGAUCUGGUCCGGGUUCAUCGGGGAGAAAGGGAUACCAAACACAAGCAACAAAGUGUGGCCGGUCAGCUCCGUCACAUCGGGCUGGCUCCACGGUGCCAUUGAGUGGGCGGCGCAAACCACAGCUACAGAACCUGGGUCUUUACGUGCGAGAAGCUAGCGCAAGAUCCAGCCCAAAGAGGAAGCUGGUUGGUCUAAAUAUAGAAUGGCAGGGGAUAACGCAAGUAGCAAUAAGGUAUUUGUAGGGCCGACCCAACUCCUCUCGAAAUUGAUUGUGUAACAUCUUUCUCAAGCAAUCGAGUCGCGGUCGCCAGAUAUCCGUUUUGGGCAGGUAUCCUUAUGUUAUGCACCAUGCCCGUCCUAUUAGCAUCGAAUACCUCAAUUGCCAGCCGUGCGCACUGAUGUUUGCCAAGAUAGACCCCCCUGUGGGCGCCAUUAGCAAAGGUUGCGCGUUGGUCCUAUAGGGAACAGGGAGGUGGGCAAAUCCUGCGUUAGCGUAAUAGAAAGUACAGAAAACAAUUGCUCCAGUCGAUAAUGAUUCGGAGCAGAUAUUGUUCAAGUCCGCACCGUCACUUGGCCAGGGAUGUCUGGCGCAAAAGGGCCGCGCUUCGAAAGCUGCUGCAUGUCAAAAAUGCAAGGAUCCACGGUUCCAAUGUCGGUAGCAUACGUUUCAUUCUAGGCGGACUUGCAGGAUUGUUGGCAGUGAGGGCCUGCUCAACCGGGUCCAACUAAGGUUCCGUAAUUACAUCCGAAGCAGCGAAGUUUCUCCCUCGGACGUUUGGGUUAGCCCCAGCGGGCUAGAUUAGUACGCUAGCCACAACUUUGAGCCAUGGCCACUAGGUGGGCAACCUAUAGCGCCUCCUUUCUCCCAGUAUUGAACAAGCAGUCUAUUGGUAAUUGAAAUGGUCGUAGACUCGGCGCCAUUGCCUAUUUCGCGGUGGGGCGCCCGGGAGGUAAUGGAACCAACACAACAGAGGCGUAUGCUGCACUACCUUGGGGGCCACGGCUGAAUGGACUUUCCUGGCUUCGCCUUAUUGCCAUGGUGGUUUCCUCCGUUGUGAGGUACAUAAUGACCUGUUUGCUCGGCCCUUGCCCCGUUCGCAGACCACUUACGCACAGCAACGAAGCAGCCCGUCAUAUUUGGCAGACAUCGCCGCGGACCUCCCUGGUCAGCCUGUAUUCCCAUUACGGCAUUGCUAACAGCUUCGACCCAUCCAGUCUCCCCCAGUUAUAGGCACUUGGCCAUAAUCAUUCGCAGGUUGUGUCGCAUCGUGUGCUAGAACUAGUGCACGUUGCCAGCCCAAACGCCCUUAGCACCAUAUCCCGAUACACGUCGACCUGGAGGAGACGUUUAUUUUACCUCAUCUCAUCUCAAGAGACGGGAUAGCCUGAUCUAAGAGCUCACAUAGCUCAGGGUUGACCAUACCCCUUUUCCGCUAAGUAUUUCAAAUCACUGAAGAUCAGUCAGCGCAUCCAUCGCCGUGGUGUUGGAAAGAGACGCUCGUUGCUCCCAGCCUGCUAUCAGCAAAAAAGAAAAAAAAAAGGAAACCAAGCGCAGAAAAAGGUAUUGCUCGUGAGAACGAAGAACAUACAGAAGCUGCUUCUCUUAAUAAAAAUUUGUCGCUCCGGAUUUCUUUCUCUCUUGCUCUGCUGCGUCUUUGUUCUUUAUCCGUUUUGUCAAAGCUCGCGCCCCUCCAACCAAUUUUUUCGCCAGUCGGGCCAACUGGCUGCCACCUGCCAGGAACCACCACCUGGCGCACCUGCCAACAUCGGAGCGCUUCCGCGAGGGAACCACACUGUCCCGGUUGAUCCUUUGCCACCAGGAAGUUUUUUCCUCGCAUCGUCAACACCAGCGCAGGCCGACGCAUUGCUGCAAUAGCAAUCAAUCAGAAACCUGCAGCUACUUGGCGUUAUUGAUUUGCUUGUUUCUUUUAUUAACGCGCGCCACCGCGGUCAGCCUGCAGACACUAGACGAAAAAGGCAGCUUGCCUGUUUGCUGGGUCUCGGAUCUCGCACAACAGAGGUUCCUCGGCCGCAUCUGCAGCCAAACGGCAGUUUUACCCGGUGUGUAUCGCAGGCAUCCCCAAAAGCCGGGCGCAUGCUGGCUGCAACGCACAAAAGAUCUCACGAUAGUUUGACCCUGUAUACCACCAGGGUCCACCCUAGGCCGUGUGCCCCAUCGAAACGUCGCUGCUAGGCGCAUCGCUUUCGACCUUCCAACUUCAUCAACCCUGCGUGGCAUCGGCUCCAUUGCGGCCGGCACUUUUCCUACAAGUAUGGCGGUGCUGUCGUCGCAGGAGAAUUCGGGCAACGCAUCUCCAUCUGAGACACCUCCAUCGAGAACAGUGCCCAUCAUUACAACAGAGGCCACUGAUUCGCCGCCCACUGAUGCCCUAGCUACCGGAUCCAACACCAGCACUUUUGCCGAAACAAUGGCCAGCGUAUAUGGUCGCUACGACUUUUCUGAUGAAGAGGCAUUGGAUUAUCUCGUUGAUAUUUCCUCUGGUGCUGACCGUUGCAGACGGUAUAGCGAUAUUCCUGCUGUGUCCUUUGACGUCCCAGGUCCGCAUGCGGAUCAAAAGUGGUUUGACCCAAUGAAAGGUAAGAUUCCCUGCUUCGCCUUCACUUUCACAGCUUGUCCAAUCAAAUGGCUCAACUUGUCGAUAUUUGCCCUGUAUUAUAGGGUGUACUUUUGUUGCGCAUAAAUUGGCUGACCAAAUUUUGCUAGAUGACCUGACUGUUGCCUCCAGAGACAAGGUGGAGGCUUGGCCACCUAAAUCUCAUGCAUCUGCAACCCUAACACCAUUAUUUUCUCUCCCAUCUGAGCUUAUUCAUGGCAUCCUGACAUACCUAUCUGCCUACGACCUCUUGGCAGUAUCAGCAUCAUGCUGGACGUUGCGAAAACACGCCCUUGUGGAAGGUCAUUGGCACCGCCUCGUUCAAAUGAACAUUCCUGGUGUCUGGCUUACGAGUCCAUCACCAUGUGCAAGCUUCCGGGAAUUAUAUGCAAAGCAUGACCGCGUGUGGUUUCUUCCGAAAUACAAAAUUUGGUUCUGCGAUCGUGAUCUGAUGGGAAGGUUGAUCGUAGUGCGUUACGACCCACGUCGGGGCUGCAUUGAAGGCUACCAACUGCUCGCUGUGAGCAGUGGAAACAGCUUUGAGCACUGGCCUGCAGAUGAUAAGGUUGUGAUUCAUGGAUUUGAACCAAAAAUUAAUCUACACUUGGACAAGGCAAUCCUGCAGUUCCACGUGCAGGAAGAGGAGGCAAAUGAGGCGUUUAAAUCGCGACCCGGUGCUAACCGCUUCGCCGAUGAGAUGCCCAUGGCUCUCGAUGAGCGCAUGCGUGGAAUGUAUAGCAACUUUCAGUUAACCCGCCCUCUUGCAUCGGCAGAUGCCGACGAACGCCUGGCAGGCAACUACCCAUACGAUAGAGUGUGGCCACCACCAGCCAUUCCUGCUCGACAUCAUGUAUCUGGUGCACGAUCCGGCCAAGGACUAGUGUCAUUAAACCAAGACGACAAACCGCGAUCGCGAAGCCAAGUAUCGGACCAGACCUUCCGAAUUCGGCAAUGGAUGGAGCUUGCUGGCAGUCCAGUCCCACCACACUACAUGCGGCCGCAGGGCCUGCCCGGCAUGCCAACCGUUGACUCUAUGCUUGAUAACGAAGCCCCUGUCAGUGUUCAUAUUGGUGAGGAAACUGUUACGUACUCGACUCUCGAUCCAGUCCUCUACACGCCAACACCUAAUAAGCCUUGGCGGGGUAUUUGGGUUGGAGACUAUGGCGGCCACGGGUGUGAAUUCCUCUUGAUAAAUCAACCGGAUGAUGCACCUGCUACUGAUGAGGAACUCGGCUUAUCUCGCAACGAUUACGAAACGGACAAGGAAUGGGCAGAGCGUCAACAGCUCGGUCGUAUACACCGAGGGCGGUUGGAAGCAAUCAAACUAACGGGAGAUCCCAACAUCCCCAGAGGUGAAUACACUUUUGUUGUGGAGGAUCUUGGAGCAAAUGGGUGUGUUGGAAUCGCUACUGAUGCCGUGUUUGCGGGUGCCCGGGUUGUUAAAAGCAAGGGGCACAUUGCCGGAACAGGAUUUCUCAGAGAUAAAUACAUUGAGAGCCAGCUCAUUUUGAUUUCGCCAAACAAGCUGGCUCAGUACUGGGUAGAUUUUGGACAUAUCAGCUUCUAUGAGAGAGUUGAUAUCGAUCCUUUACUCAAAGUAUAACGACGUCAUGCUGAGGCUGAUUUUUAUGUUGUAUUCCUUCGUUUUAUUACCGCAUUUUCACAUGCCGGCAGAUUUCAGACUGCUUUGGCGGUCAGAUUUGAUGUUUGUUGUUGGCCAUUUUCUGGUUUCUUUCUCUGUAUAUUUGGUUGCAUAUACAUUUACAUAUACCCUUGAUGCGUACAUAGUAUUCAAUAUUUUCAAAUCUCUUUUUUCCCUUUCCCUUAGGACUGGUUUGCUAUUUACUUAUUUUGAUUUGAUUCGAAGAUUCGCUGUCUAAUUGCCGUGCUGCUCAAUUUUGACGCAAAGUUGUCUGUUGCGCGUGUAUCGCCGUCAACUGUACCACUAGCGUCCAGCACAUCAAUUUCGUAAACUGCCAAAGAUGCCCAGUCCUUUGCCGUACGUCUAUCAUUGAUAGCGCUGCCGCCACUUCUUGUCUCACCAGACACUACAAUCGCCUCAAUGGAUUCUUCUUCAGUUGUAGGCCCAAAGGGAUCUUGCAGCUCUACGCAACGGACCAGAACAGUGCCGUCCCGGAACGAGGCAUGAAGCUCUGCAGAUGAAAUAUCCUUUUUAGUGGUGGUUAUUGUAGCAGUAGUUGGUGAGGACCCCAAAACAGUAGCCAAAAAUCGAAGGACGUUGAGUGCGCGGACGUCCCAAGAUUCUAACUGCUCAGCGUACUUUUUCUUCUUGAGCAGGUCGUCCACCGAGAUACCAAUGACAAUAACGCUAGGUUCGGGGCUCUUUCCUGCUUCUGGAAUCUGAAGUAGUAGUGCAACAGCGUGCAACAGAAGCUUAUGUCCUGGGUGAAGAUGGUCAAAGGUGCCGCCUAAGCAGACGACGCCAUAGUCGCCUGGUAGGCUACUGAUGUCAUCAGACGCCGACGCUGUCUCUGUCGAAAGAUGAAGACCGCCCUCUACGGCAAUAAUCUGGCUCUGCUUAAUGGUCUGCCUUGUCUCAGCAAUAGCCAAGAAGUGGGAUAGCAAGGCGUAGCUCGCCUCGCAGCUUGGGUGGUAUAUGUUGCCCCAUGGGUACACAGUGCUAGCGUAGGUAGCUAGCGACUGGACGCAGGUCGAAUUGGUUGGGUAUUUGCCGUCAAAGCCCUUUUCAUAUUUGGUUCCCUUUUCGUGGUCUACUAUGACAAUGCGGACAUCGACGCCGCCGGCGCCCGCGUCUGUAUAUGACAGGAUGCCCUUUUCGGCGCAGAUGGCUGAUACGAGAGAGUAGAGGCCAGCGAGGAGUGAUUGUGCGCUUUGCCAUCUAACAUGCCUCUUGCGGGCGUACUUGUUGCCGGCAAGAGCUGAAUAUGCGACCGCAAUGGUGAGGUUGGCGGUGGACGAUGUCUCGAGGGACUGUGCAUGGAGCUUGCCGAGCACCGAGGUUAGCGGCGGCUGGUAGGCUGUUUGGAGGGCGCUGAAGGUUGCUGGGGACGGGGGUGCUGGGAGCAGCAGAAGGGAAGGCGGCGUUUCUGGCAUUUUGAGGUUGUGAAUAAAUUUAAUUGGGAUGCGGGCU